AUGUUUCUUCUGAAGCAUUAAGAGAUCCUCCAAAUCUUAAGUCUAUUUCUUUUAUAUUAUUCUCUCUUGAGAGUGCUUUCGAUAGUUCUUUAAGAAAUUCUAAUUCUUCAACUUCAUUUACAUUAUUUAUUUUGUAUUGAAAACCUUUAGCCCUUAAUUUAAGCACAAUUAAUUAAGGAAUUAAAGUUUAUAAAGAAUGGAGGAAGUUUAGAGAAUGGUACAUAUACAAUACUUGAGACGAUUCUUCUACUUUAUUUUCAUUAAUUUGAAAUUCUUUUAAGGUUGUAGGAUAAUAUCUAAUAUUAUCUAAAACCGCUUUUAUUUUCGAAUCAUAGCAAUAAGAGUUCUCUUUUUUUAUUUAAAGUGAAAGACUUUCUAAGUUCUCACUUUUUUCAAUAAGUUAAGCUAAGCUUUCAAAAUCUCCAUUAUUUUCAAUCCCUUAAAGUUUAAGUUCAAAAUGUUUUGCUGUUUGCAAUAUAGAUUUUAGAUACUUAAAUCCUUAUGUUUAUCUAUUUUCUACAGUUAAUGAAAAGUAUUAUACAUUCUUGA